UAGUGCAAUAUUUAGCUGUGUUUUGUAGAUGCUCGUACGCUGCACAUCGUUUGUUUGCCGACAGAAAUUGUGAGAUAGUUCUUCCGUAAUGGGACAAAAUCAGUCUGCUGGCAGCGGAGGCGAUAAAAAGGAUGAUAAGGACAAAAAGAAAAAGUACGAGCCUCCGAUUCCGACGAGGGUCGGUAAAAAGAAGCGCAAGGCAAAGGGACCCGAUGCAGCGCUGAAGCUGCCCCAAGUCACCCCACACACCCGCUGCCGGUUGAAGCUACUGAAGCUGGAGCGCAUCAAGGAUUAUCUGCUGAUGGAGGAGGAGUUCAUCCGCAACCAGGAAAGACUGAAGCCACAGGAAGAGAAGAACGAGGAGGAACGCUCGAAGGUGGACGACCUGCGCGGGUCGCCGAUGUCGGUCGGAACGCUCGAGGAGAUCAUCGACGACAAUCAUGCGAUUGUGUCCACCUCGGUGGGUAGCGAGCACUACGUCAGCAUUCUGUCCUUCGUGGACAAGGAUCAGCUGGAACCGGGCUGCUCGGUGCUGCUCAACCACAAGGUGCAUGCGGUGGUCGGAGUGCUUGGUGACGACACGGAUCCGAUGGUGACGGUGAUGAAGCUCGAGAAGGCACCGCAAGAAACGUACGCCGACAUCGGAGGGCUUGACACACAGAUUCAGGAGAUCAAAGAGUCGGUAGAACUCCCGCUGACGCAUCCGGAAUACUAUGAGGAAAUGGGCAUCAAACCUCCGAAGGGCGUCAUUCUGUACGGAGCUCCGGGAACGGGUAAAACUCUUCUGGCCAAGGCUGUCGCGAACCAAACGUCCGCUACGUUCCUGCGAGUUGUGGGCUCGGAGCUGAUCCAGAAAUAUCUCGGCGAUGGACCGAAGCUCGUGCGCGAGCUGUUCCGUGUGGCCGAAGAACACGCUCCCUCGAUUGUGUUCAUCGAUGAAAUCGACGCCGUGGGCACUAAACGGUACGAUUCCAACUCCGGUGGAGAGCGCGAAAUUCAACGUACGAUGUUGGAGCUGCUCAACCAGCUGGAUGGGUUCGAUUCGCGUGGGGAUGUGAAGGUGAUCAUGGCUACAAACCGUAUCGAGACUCUCGACCCCGCCUUGAUCCGUCCUGGGCGUAUCGAUCGAAAGAUCGAGUUUCCGCUCCCCGAUGAGAAGACGAAACGGCGCAUUUUCAACAUCCACACUGCACGCAUGACGCUGGCCGAGGACGUGAAUCUUUCGGAGCUGAUCAUGGCCAAGGAUGACUUGUCCGGAGCGGACAUCAAGGCGAUCUGUACGGAGGCAGGAUUAAUGGCACUGAGAGAGCGCCGUAUGAAGGUCACCAACGAGGAUUUUAAGAAGUCGAAGGAAAGCGUCCUGUACCGGAAGAAGGAAGGAACGCCAGAGGGAUUGUAUAUGUAGAAGAAACACCUACUGUAUUGUCAUAGGAAUAUAAUAAAUUGCAAGAAAUGUCGAGAAAGAGGGUUUGCGUUUUUCAUAUUGUCCAUGCAAACGCAAUAGCCUUCCUUGUCCAAAAACUAUUCAGUGGCUCUGGAUUCUAAUUCCCUUCCGUCACCGGAAACACCACUGGCAGGCAAAAUUGUUAUGCAAAUGAAGAGAGAAAAGCCCUCGACGUUUUAUGCAAAUAAUGUCCAGAAUCAUUACAUUUGUAACAUGUGGUAUGCACUUU